GUCACCGCAAACCCUGGUAAGGUUCUUCACUCGGCUGCAAGCGCUAAGUGUGCGGAGACCUGGCAGCUCUUGGGACUUAAGGGCUGAGCACCAGGACCGGUGGAAGUGCCUAGAGAGUACAUUCGGAUCCUCUCUCGGACCCUCUCUCAGCCCCCGAGUGUGCGGGACGUGCGGAGCGCAGUUCGGGAUCGGCACUCGAGGACUUGUCGAGGACGCACUAAGCUAAGCAUCUGUCCGGAGCAUGGAAGCACGUCAGUAGGCCAUAAACUGCACUCGGGAGGGAUGGGGGUGGAAGCGCGCGGUGUCAGCUUUGCAGAAUGUGUACGCCAAGGGGAGGGUGAAGCGUGGCGGGAGGGCGAGGCGAAGAAGGGCGUGAGAAAGGAGGCGGUGGCGGGCGGAGGAGAGUUAUCUAUACUUAAAAAAAAAAAAGAGCCGCUUGAGCUGCGUAAAGGGAGACCUGGGGAGCGCCUGACCGCACGCGCGGGACACGAGUGUACCACGCUUCCCUACUCUUUCAGACUUUGACUGGUACGGGGUCCCAGGGCUCCAGGAGGUCAGCGACGCGUGCCCUAGGGAGUCCUGCAGCAGUGUCCUGCCUGAGGCCCGAGAAGGUGCGAACGUCCACUUCCCACCGCACCCGGCUCCUCGCGAGCACUUCUCCUGUGCCGCACCAGAACUCGUAGCAGGGGCCCAGGGGCUGAAUGCAAGCUUGAUGGACGGCGGCGCGCUGCCCAGACUCGUGCCCACCUCGUCUGGAGUCGUUGGAGCCUGCGCUACUCGGCGGAGACCCGCGUCCCCGGAAUUGCUGCGCUGCAGCCGGCGGCGGCGAUCUGGAGCAACCGAGGCCAGCAGCAGCUCGGCGGCCGUGGCACGCCGCAAUGAGCGCGAGCGCAACCGCGUAAAGCUGGUAAACUUGGGCUUCCAGGCGCUGCGGCAGCACGUGCCGCACGGCGGCGCCAACAAGAAGCUGAGUAAGGUGGAGACGCUGCGCUCCGCGGUAGAAUACAUCCGUGCGCUGCAGCGGCUGCUUGCAGAGCACGACUCGGUGCGUGCCGCGCUCACUGGGGGGCUGUUGACACCGGCUACUCCGCCGUCCGAUGCGUGCGCGCAGCCCUCCGCUUCCCCAGCCAGCGCGUCUGUGUCCUGCGCCUCUACGUCCCCGGAGCCUACCUCCCCGCGCUCCACCUACUCGUCGGAGGACAGCAGCUGCGAGGGAGAGCUAAGCCCGAUGGAGCAGGAGCUGCUUGACUUUUCCAGCUGGUUAGGGGGCUACUGAGCACCCCACCCCUCUAAGCUGCAUCCCGGGGUGUCUCCUGGUGGACCUACCUUCGCUUCUUGCCCAGAAGACCUGGGCCUAUGCCUUACCCAUGCUGUCUCGUGCAGCCUGACCUAAUGCCAAGUGCUGACCUCUGCUCGGCCUCCACGCCGCGGAAUGACAUCUUCCAUCUCCCAGUCCUUGCCGCACCAGGACUUGGAAAUUUCUCAGGAUAAAGAAUUUUACACUGACAAUCUACGCUUUUUUUUUUCAGUUAACUUGAACUGCUGUAGGACUCUACUGAAAAUGUGAAGAAUUAUUUUUAUAUAAAGGAUCCUUAAGCUUGGCGCACAAUAAAGAUGACCUCUGUCCCUCACCCCCACUGUUGAACUUUCCAACCUGGCCAAAGUGUGGACCGGUUGGGCCCUGAGGGCAAGAUGCCUGGCUGCACCCUUCUUCCUUUUCUAAAGCCUAUACUGAUGCUGAUGUUUGGCCAGUGUGGGAACCCCGCUGUUGCAAAGUGUAUUAUUCUAUAAAAGUUGUUUUUCAUUGGUGUUUGCA